UGUUUCGACUGAACAGAAGGUGGACUGGCAAAGUGACAUGCAAGAAGCUGACACAACUCCAUUACCAAAUAUGCAAUCUGACACUGCUUUCUGGGAGCAAAGAAAGGUGAGCAACACAUCCAUGGAAACCAGGUAUAAUGAGCAACAACAUAAGAAGGAUCAGGCUAUGCUCCACAUUCACGCUAGGAAUAAAAGGGAUACUUAUGAGGGGCAAUGGAAGAAAGGCAAUGAUAACUCCAACAAAACCAACAAUGAAAAAAAAUUAUUGGCGGACUUGAAUGAAACUUUACAAAGUCCUGUUGCAGGAAAAGAGACAGAACCCCAAGCCUUGUCCUUAAACGGAUCUAUUCCCUUUGCUACAAAUGAUCUUAAAGUGUUUUCUGAUAAUAUGGAAGUUAAUCAAGCUCUGGUACCAAAAAAUGCAACCAACAAUAAAAAGUUACACAUAAAGAACCCAUUUUAUCCACUGACAGAAGAUUCAUAUGGUGCCUAUGCAGUUAUGUGUUUAUCGAUUAUCAUUUUUGUAAUUGGCAUUAUGGGCAAUAUGGCUGUGAUGUGUAUAGUCUGCCACAAUUACUAUAUGAGAAGCAUCUCCAAUUCACUUUUGGCCAAUCUAGCCUUCUGGGACUUUUUGAUUAUCUUUUUCUGCCUUCCACUCGUGAUAUUUCAUGAACUUACGAAAAAAUGGCUGCUGGAAGACCUCUCUUGCAAGAUCAUACCGUACAUAGAGGUAGCCUCCCUUGGAGUUACCACAUUCACACUGUGUGCCCUCUGCAUUGACCGCUUCCGUGCUGCCACAAAUGUCCAAAUGUAUUACGAAAUGAUUGAGAACUGCACAUCAACAACUGCCAAGCUGGCUGUUAUAUGGGUGGGCGCACUCCUCCUAGCACUGCCUGAGGUUGUACUGCGUCAGCUGACCAAGGAUGAGUCUGCAAUAAGUGCCAACACUCUCAGUGAGCGCUGUGUUGUUAAAAUUUCUACCGAUCUUCCCGAUACCAUUUAUGUUUUAGCUCUUACCUAUGAUGGUGCAAGACUUUGGUGGUACUUCGGCUGUUAUUUUUGUUUGCCUACCCUCUUCACAAUUACGUGCUCCUUGGUAACAGCAAGGAAAAUCAAAAGAGCAGAGAAAGCUUGCACAAGAGGAAAUAAACGUCAAAUUCAACUUGAAAGUCAAAUGAACUGUACUGUAGUAGCGUUAACAAUUUUAUAUGGUUUUUGCAUAAUCCCUGAAAAUAUAUGUAACAUUGUAACAGCUUAUAUGUCUACUGGGGUCUCCAGGCAGACUUUGGAUCUCCUUCAUCUGAUCAGUCAAUUUCUUUUGUUCUUUAAAUCAUGUGUUACCCCGAUCCUUCUGUUUUGCCUUUGCAAGCCUUUUAGUAGGGCUUUCAUGGAAUGCUGUUGUUGCUGUUGUGAUGAAUGCAUUCAAAAGUCCUCAACUGCAACAAGUGAUGAUAAUGACAAUGAAUAUACUACAGAGCUGGAACUUUCCCCAUUCAGCACUAUACGUCGUGAAAUGUCCACAUUUGCAUCUGUGGGAACUCACUGUUAAACCUAAAUGUUGAUAUUGACCGUAUUUGUAAAUAUUCCGUGAUACACCUUUUCAAUGAUUUUUUUUUGUUAGUUCACAAUUUUUUAAAAGAAGCAUUUGACUUGUAAGGUCUGUUUUGGUAUCUAUAUUUAUUAUGUUUUAGGUCUCCUAACAGGGUACAUUUCUGAAAAAAACUAAUAACUUGUUUUUGCACCUUAAAGAGCAAGUUCACCUUUAUUACAAUUUAUACAUCUAUUUCCUUGUCUUCUUCAUUUUCUAUUUACUGAUCGUUCUUUCCCCAUUUUUUAUAAUACAUGUGGAGCCCCUAUUUUGACAGAAAAAAAGGCGUCUGGGACCAUGAUAUCCUAAUGGUAACUGCCAGUCAUGCAUAGUCUACCACAGUGUAGGUCAAGUAAAGCUCAGAAGGGAAGCAGCGUAUACAGGGAAGUUUUUGUUUUUAAAGGUUAAACCCAUUUAUAUGAUAAUGAAUAAAAGACAAUUGUAUGUAGCAUCUAAGGGUGAGAUACAGUAUGUUGCUAAUUACAG